CGUAAGUAAUGGACACCGCGGGUUCGCUGUGCAAUGCCAGCGAAGGUCCUGUGCUGCGGCCGGAGGCACGCGUUUCGGGCAACGGUGAUCUGCAGUUUUUGGGCUGGAAUGUGCCGCCAGAUCAGAUACAGCACAUACCGGAGCACUGGCUAACCCAGUUGGAGCCGCCAGCCUCGAUGCAUUACAUGCUUGGCGUGUUCUACAUCUUUCUGUUUUGCGCCUCGACCGUUGGCAACGGCAUGGUUAUCUGGAUCUUCUCGACAUCCAAGGCGUUGCGCACACCAUCCAAUAUGUUUGUACUGAAUCUGGCCGUGUUCGACUUUAUAAUGUGCCUCAAGGCACCGAUCUUCAUCUACAACAGCUUCCAUCGGGGUUUUGCUUUGGGCAACACCGGAUGCCAAAUCUUUGCCGCCAUCGGUUCGUAUUCGGGCAUUGGUGCCGGAAUGACCAAUGCGGCCAUCGGCUACGAUCGCUUCAAUGUCAUAACGAAGCCCAUGAAUCGCAACAUGACCUUCACCAAGGCGAUUAUAAUGAACGUUAUCAUAUGGCUUUACUGCACGCCGUGGGUUGUUUUGCCGCUAACCCAGUUCUGGGAUCGGUUUGUGCCGGAGGGCUAUCUGACAUCGUGCACAUUUGAUUACCUGACGGAUAACUUUGAUACGCGCCUGUUUGUGGGCACCAUUUUCUUCUUCAGCUUUGUGUGCCCCACGCUAAUGAUCAUCUACUACUACAGCCAGAUAGUUGGACAUGUUUUCAGCCACGAGAAGGCUCUGCGCGAGCAGGCCAAAAAGAUGAACGUCGAAUCGUUGCGCUCGAAUGUGGACAAGAGCAAGGAUACCGCCGAGAUACGCAUCGCAAAGGCUGCCAUUACCAUAUGCUUUCUGUUCUUCGUAUCCUGGACGCCGUACGGUGUCAUGUCGCUGAUUGGGGCUUUCGGGGACAAGAGUUUGCUAACGCCAGGCGCUACCAUGAUACCGGCCUGCACCUGUAAACUGGUGGCCUGUAUCGAUCCGUUUGUGUAUGCCAUCAGUCAUCCCAGGUACCGCAUGGAAUUGCAAAAGCGUUGCCCCUGGCUGGCCAUCGAUGAGAAGGCGCCCGAGUCCAGCUCGGCGGUGUCCACAACAACAACACAGGAGCAGCAGCAAACAACUGCAGCCUAGGCAAAGACGACAAUGGACUUUUAAUCUUGGACUACGCUGAACAUGCCUACGAACCGGAAAUCGAACUCCGCCUGAUAUUUGAUCUCGACAACUCUCUGACUGCGUAAUAUCUGUGCAUUUGUUUUACUAUAACAAACCAAUUAUAAUACUCUUUUUCCUCUAUAAUUUGUAGUGCGCUACUUAAGAAAAAACUUAAAUGUUAAAAAUUAAUGCAAGGUUCAUAAAUGGAAUCAACAAAAGCAAAAAAAAAAGAACAAAUGAAAAGAAUAAGAAUAAAAUUCUAUGCCCGCAGCUGUGGCAAGCAAAUCGCA